UGGGAAGAAGUUUUUGAGUUAGGAGGAAACAGAAACAAGAGCUAAGCCUGCCUGUGAGCUUAGACCUGGUUUUUUUUUAAGGCAUGGAAAAACUGUAAGAAGCAGAAUCAUUGCCUCCCAAACACAGUAAUUGUGAAGACUAGACAUCCCUUUAACAAGGAAUAGCAGCACCUUUAAGAGAAUGGCAGUGGUCUCUGCAAUGUCCUGGGUCCUGUAUUUGUGGAUAAGUGCCUGUGCAAUGCUGCUCUGUCAGGGGUCCCUCCAUCACACUUUCCAGCAGCAUCACCUGCACAGACCAGAAGGAGGAACGUGUGAAGUUAUAGCAGCACACAGAUGCUGUAAUAAGAAUCGAAUUGAGGAAAGAUCACAAACAGUAAAAUGCUCCUGUCUACCUGGGAAAGUGGCUGGGACUACAAGAAACAGACCUUCCUGUGUUGAUGCUUCAAUAGUGAUUGGGAAAUGGUGGUGUGAGAUGGAGCCCUGCCUAGAAGGAGAGGAAUGUAAGACAUUGCCUGAUAAUUCUGGAUGGAUGUGUGCGACUGGCAAUAAAAUCAAGACCACCAGAAUCCACCCAAGGACCUAACAGAGCACCAUCUGCAUGGAGACAGUGAAAGCCCUGCUGAUUUAUGAGGACAAAGUAUUGAAAGUUUAAAACCAUCUCAGCAUUUACAAGCCAAAUGGAUUUCUUAUUUGCACUUUGACUGUUUACCAGAUAACAACAGUGGCUUUACUGUGUGAAAGAAAGUAUUCAGUGGAAAUAAUGCCCCUGAUUUUUGACAGCUGAAAAUAAAAAUGAAGAAAAUGGUUCCUUUGGUAAAGUUUCCGAGAUUGCGAAGUACAAACAACAGUAUAAGU